AUGGAUACUGGAGAAUGGCCUCGCAUAUCUGGAUUGCGUUUGGCGGAUCCAGACUUCGGUAGAUAUAGGAUAAUCGUGGUGAUCAUAGGAGCAGAUGCCUAUUUAUAUUUACUCCUCCCUAAUAUUCGUAAAUUAACUCUUACCGCUCCUGUUGCACUGGAGACCUAUUUUGGUUGGAUCUUAUCGGGAAAAACUAUUAGCAGUUCAUCAACAGAUUUUAGCUAUGAAUCUAACACAGCCGUUGGAAUGCAUAUUUCUUUACAGGGAGACGUGACUUUUGAUCUUCAAAAAUUUUGGAAGAAACAAGAGAUUUCCCCUAAAAUCGUGUUGGCAGCUGAUGAUCAGGAGUGUCAGGAUUUCUUCGUUUCUACUCAUUCUCGCACACCUGAGGAGGGAAGGAAUGUGGUUCAGCAUCGCAAAGAACGUCGCCUCGCACGUGACUUACCUAUUUUUGAGGCUUAUGAUGAGUUCCUCGCGGAGUAUCUCAAACUUGGUCACAUGGUUCCCGAUAACGAGACUUGA